AGGCACCUGGAGCAUGGGUGCAGUCCGCUCCAGCGGGACCAGGAGCAGCAGCAGCAGGCAGGCGGAGGAAGAGCCAGCGCCAGCGCCAGCGCCUCGUCUGUCCUGUCUCUGGCGUGUCAUCUCGCUACCAUGAGUCAGUACGGUUCUCACAACGCACUGAGCAUGAACAUGAGCUCGAACCGCAGGGGAGAGCCGACCACCGGGGGGUCCUUCCGCUACACCCGCAACGAGUUGGUGCAAGGAGCCGGCAACGGAUACGACCACUUCGUGGACUCGUACCACACGGUGACCAAGACUUCUGCAGGAGGGGGGAUGGCGGGAGACACCAUUGGAAGAAUGACAAGCACAACGGGAGGCGCAAUUAGCGGCCUCACUGACAUCCAUCAGAGGGCCGUGUCGCUUCAAGCGCAGUGCCAGGAGGACCUGAGGCGAGCCGAAUUUGCCCUACAGUCUGGAGGUAAUAUGGCUGAUGCAGAGCAGCACAUGCUGAGGGCAAAAGACACGAUUGACCAACUGAAGACCUACGCAAUGGAUCUGAGGCAGAUGGGACAGCCAAGUGACAACGUUGUCAGAAGUUGGGAGAUUUGUAACGAUCAGCUGAAGGGGGUCCACUUGGCCAUGGCUGGCUCUUUGCAAAAGCGGAGGAGUGUGAAAGCAAGCUCUGGUUCUUGGGAGGAGCCGGGGAGGAGCUUCCAAGACGCCGUGGCCUGGAUUGCGCAGCAAAAGCGUCUGAUUGAAACUACAUACUGGGGAGAAGAUCCCGCUGGCAUCGAGAAGAACCUCAUCAGCCACCAGAGGUUUCACAACUCGCUCCAGAACAGCCCGCAAGUGGACCGAGCCCGGAGUGACCUGGUUAAGAAAGGAGACAAAGGAAACCUUCAUGCUUUGGACCAGGAGUGGGACAGUCUUAAGCAAAUGUCAUUUGCGCGGAUGCGGCGGCUGGAAGACCUGCAGCAGAUUAUUCAGGAACUCUCCAAAGAGAUCAUGUGGGUCAACGACAAGGAAGAAGAGGAGUUGAUCUUUGAUUGGAGUGAAAAGAACCUCGACCAGUACAUCCCCCGGAAGCAAGAGAGCUAUUCCAAACUGAUGAGUGCCCUUGAGGAGAAAGAAAAGCACCUGAAUAAGCUGAAAGUGAGAGUGGAUGCCCUGCUGAAGAACAAGCACCCGGCGUCGGACAAGAUCGAGGCAUACAGGGACACGCUGCAGACUCAGUGGAGUUGGCUCCUUCAAAUUACCAAGUGCAUUGACGUGCAUCUGAAGGAGAAUGCAGCAUACAACCAGUUUUUUAAGGAGGCAAAUGAGACAUUCAGAACCCUCCAGGGGCAACAGGAAUCCAUUCGGAAAAAGUUUACCUGUGACAAGAACACUCCACUGGAGAACCUGCUUGAGCUGCUCAAAGGAUUGGAGAGGGAGCGAGAGACGUUAAGAGAUCAGAAGAGGCAAGUUCAGCAUCUUGUGAACAAGUCCAAGAGCAUCAUCAGACUGAGAUCCAGAAACCCAGAAGAGAAGAGCAGCCGACCUGUGAUCGUCAAAGCCCUGUGUGACUUCAAACAAGACCAGAAGGUGAUCUGUAAGGGUGACGAGGCCAUCUUGAAGGACAACAGUCAGCGCAGCAAGUGGGCCGUUACGGGCCCGGGCGGGUUAGAUAUGGUGAUCCCGUCUGUGUGCUUGAUCCUGCCUCCUCCCAAUCCACUCAGCAUCAAUCUGGCUAUCAAAAACGAGCAGUGCUAUGAGUCCAUCAUGUCAUUCUGGAACCAGUUGUACAUCAACGUGAAGAGUCUCAUCGCCUGGCACUACUGCCUUCUGGAUAUCGAACGCAUCAACUCGCUCACCAUCUCCAUGCUGGCUCGGAUGAAUCCCGAGGAGUACUCGCAGUUUAUCAACAGCCUGGAGACUCACUAUGAAGAGUUCAAACGGAGUUGCCAAGGCUCCCAGAUGUUUGUUGAAAAUGACAAGAGGGGCAUCGAGAGCCAGUACAACGCGGCUCAGGCCUACUACGGGACCCUCGUGGUGCAGUUGCCCACUUACCAAGCCCAACAAGCGCAACAUCAGCUCAUUAUAAUGACAGCGGCUGCCGACGAAGAUGCCAGACAGCUCGAGGAAGAGCGGCAGAGAACCGAGCUGACAAAAGUGAAGAAAGAGGUCGUGAAAGUGUCCAAGGCGGAGCCGCUGAAAAAGAAGGUGGCCUCAUCUUCUCACACUUUAACAGAGCUGCAGGCACUCAGAUUGAAGCUGGCGGCAGCGGAGGGCUUGCUGAGUCAGCAUGUUCACAUCUGCUUGGGAGAUGACGGAGUCAAAGACUGUGGCCUCAAAAUCACACACUUGGAGAGCGCGCUGCUUGACGUCAACGCACUAAAAGAGGAGUACGCAAAGCUGCGGGAGAAUAUUACGAAGGCGCUGGAGAGCAUGAACGAUUCAGAUAAAGCUCAAUUCUUACGCAGUGAGCUCGAAGUUAUCACACAGCGUCUGGACAGUCUAGAAAGCAACUUAUCCAAUUACCUUCUGCGACUGCGGGCUCUACGGGACUUGCUGCAAAGUAUGGCACGUGCUGAAGAUAUCGUGAAAGUUCAUGAAGCCAGAUUGACAGAGAAGGAGACCACUUCUCUGUUGCCGGGAGAGGUCAACGACUACUUGAGGGCUCUGAAGAAUAUUCAGGACGAGUUGGAUGGGAAACGCGAUGUUGUGGCCUCUAUGGAAGCAGAACUUGCCAAGGCGCUUCACUGGAAUGGCCAGGUGGGGGGGCCCCUCUACAGGUGCGACAUGAUGCUGUCCAAUUGCGCCGAGCAGGUGGGCCAACUGUCAGACCGCUGGAGACGAAUCCAGGCGCAGAUCGAUACCAGAGUGCAAGACUUGCAGCGUUACCUGCCUCAACUGGAGCACUACAAGCAGUCCAGCUCCUCCUUCCAUGACUGGAUUGGGGACACUGGCAAAAAGCAAGCCAUCCUGCAGGCCACCCACAUUCAGAAUGUUCAAUCUCUCAAGGACCACAUCAGCAGUCAGAAGGCUCUCAACGCAGAAAUCAAAGCAAAGAGGGAAACCUUAGAAAGUGUCCUGAAAGACAACGACGCCUGUGUCACCGCCAUCAAGGAUUAUGAAACAGACCUGGCCAGUUACACCUCUGGCUUAGAGACUCUGCUCAACAUCCCGAUCAAGAGAACAAUGCUAAGAUCGCCAUCCAUGGAUCUUAUUCAGGAGGCUGCUCAACUGCAGACCCGUUACAUGGAGUUACUUACUUCGUCUGACAACUACUUGAAAUUCAUAGGAGAGCUUCUCAAAAACAUGGAGGAUCUUAAGAUUCGAAGCACUCGGAUUGACGUGCUCGAGGAAGAGCUUCGCAUGUUGAGGGAGGCUCUUCAGGAUCGCAAGAGCAAGAACAAGGCUCUCGAAGAUGCCGUGGCGCGUUAUCAACUCGAGCUCUCCCAGUCACAGGAAAAGCUGCUGUCAGUGGAGGAGAUGAAGCGAACCACCGCUCUGCAGUGCGACGCCGCAAAAGACAGCCUCGAUGACACUCACAACCAGCUGGCGGACCUCGCUGAUCAGGUGACCCGCCUCAACUACUUGCUCGAGGAAGAAAAGAGGAAGAGGAAACUGGCAGAGGAGCGCUACACCAAACAACAAGAGGAGUAUGAGUCUGUCCUUAGGAAAAGGCAGACAGAGUUAGAGAGUGUCAGCUGGUCCAAAGUGGAAGUGGAAAAGACGAUGGGCAAUCAAGAGCAUGAGAUGAAACAGCUGCGGCGGAAGCUCGAAGAGGAAACCUCCAAGGCGGCGGAGCUGCGGAAGGAGAUUUCAAAGACAUCAACCGCAAUGCUCUCACUGCAGUCACAGUGCAGUGAGACUGAGAGAGAGCGAGAUGCGCUGCUGCUGAAACUCCAGUUGUCUGGGACAGACAAAGAUAACCUGCAAAAGCUGGAGGAGGAACACAGACACGUGAAGCUGUCUCUUGAAUCUGAGCUUCAAAAGAAUCAACGUGUACAGGACGAGAAUGACAGGCUGAAGAGAGAUUUAAGUUACUGGAAGGAACAAUGCCAAAGCAAGCAGGGUCUUGUUGACCAAUAUGAUGCGGACAAGGAACGUCUGGAAAGGGAAAGGAGGAGUUUGGAAAGGGAGAUAGAGAAGCUUCGAAAGGAACUGAGCGACAGUGAGAAAACAUAUCGAGGGAAGCUGGCAGUCCUCCAAAAAGAAGUCACAGAGUUGACGAUUCUAAGACAAAAUGCGCAGGAUGAGGUCAGGAAAAGUAGAGAGCUACCGAUGUUGGAUCCCUCCGCUGUCAUUUUUGAUGGCGUCCGCAAACCAGUGGCAGCAGGCCAAUUGCUUGACUGUGGUAUUUUGGAUAAAGCCACCUUUAACCGGCUCAUUCGAGGGCAAAAGUCUGUUCCUGACGCGUCCGACGACAUCAAAGUUAGCCUCAAAGGAACAGGCCCAAUAGCGGGGGUGAUCAUUGAAAACCCACAAGGUGACGGUUUGAUUUCUGGAUGUCCCUAUAAGAUAAGCCUCAGUGAAGCAAAGAAAGAGCGCCUCCUACCACCGGAUGCCGUUGACCUGCUGCUGGAUGCUCAGGCAGCCACGGGCUACAUCAUUGAACCAAGAACUGAUCAAAAGCUAACGGUCGAGGAGGCAGUUGCCGCCGGAGUGGUGGACCCAAGAGACCAAGACAGACUUUUAGUGGCACAGGCUGCUGCUGUUGGCUACAAGGAUCACGGUGCAGUCAAACCACUUUCCACGUACGAGGCCUUGAGAAGGGGACUGAUUGACAGGAAAACGGCACUGCGUUUAUUGCAGGCCCAGGAGUGUGUUGGAGGCAUACUGGAUCCAAAUCUCAGCGUGUUCCUUCCCAAAGUCACGGCUAUUGAUCGUAGUAUUUUGGAUGAAAACCUCGGCUACGCUCUGACCCAGAAUCCCAAGUGUUACCUUGACCCAGACACGAACCAGGGUGUCAGUUACGGAGAUUUGAAGAAACGAUGCAAGACCGAGGCUCACACCGGUCUGCUACUGUUGCCAGUCACUGAGCGAAAAGACCCCUCCAAAUUGGUAUUUGAUGGUGUUCGCAAGACAGUAACAGCACAACAACUGUUUGACUGUGGAGUCUUGGACAAAGCGACGUUCAAUCAACUAAUCACGGGGGAGAAAACUGUCCCGGAGGUGUCUGUGGAAAAGCAGGUUUUCCUCAAAGGGAGCGGUGUCAUUGCUGGGGUUUCAGUUGGAUCAUUCCAAAAAAUGUCCUUGACUCAGGCCAAGAAACAAAGUAUUCUUUCCCCCGAAAGUGCCGACUUGCUACUUGAAGCUCAGGCAGCCACAGGACACAUCAUUGACCCACAGACGAAUCAGAAAUUGACCGUGAUUGAGGCAUGCGCGAGAGGUGUCGUCUGUCAGGAAGACGAAUCCAAAUUGUUUGCUGCUGAAGCUGCCGCCAUAGGUUACAGAGACCCAAAUACUCUGUCACUCUUGUCGGCCGGCCAGGCCAUGAAAAAGGGUCUGGUUGACAAGGACACGGCUCUUCGCAUGCUUCAGGCUCAAGAAUGUGCAGGAGGUAUUUUAGACCCUGCCCUCGGUGUAUUCCUACCAAGGGACAUCGCUAUGGAUCGAAAUCUGAUCGACGCAGACCUAUACAAGGCCCUCAGUGAGUCUCCGCAAUGCUAUUUGGAUCCAGACACACAACUGCCAGUGAGCUAUCUGUCCCUGAAGAAAAGAUGCAGAGCAGACACCAUCACAGGUUUAUUGCUUCUCCCAGAACCGAAAAAACCAACAACCGUCCAAGGGCUUCGGAGUCAGGUGUCUGUCAUAGAUCUAGUAAAUGCCAACCUGCUGGAGCCAACUGAUAUUAAUGAACUGAAAGAAGGGAGAUUGACAGGUCAGGACAUUGAGUACCGUCUGCGCUCUUAUCUGGGCAAGUCCACAUGCAUAGCAGGACUAUUUGACGAAACCACUGAUAGGGUGAUGACAUUUUAUGAAGGCAUGAAAGGUGGACUCUUGCAACCUGAGACCACUCUAAAGCUUCUCGAAGCCCAAGCUGCCUCGGGUUUUAUCGUCGAUCCAGUGAACAAUAGACACCUCACUGUGAAUGACGCUUAUAACAGAGGACUAUUUGGGCCAGAGUGUCUGGACAAACUGCUAUCAGCAGAAAAAGCUGUGACAGGUUACAAACUGCCUGGUACAGAAAAGGUUCUCUCUCUCUUCCAGGCAAUUAAGAGGGGUCUAGUUGUGGAAGGCCAUGGCAUCCGUCUGCUAGAGGCCCAGAUCGCCAGUGGUGGCAUUAUUGAUCCUGAUCGCAGCCAUCGGAUUGAUAUAGAUGUGGCCUACAGCAGAGGAUACUUGGAUGAGGCAAUGACUAAGAUCCUGACCGAUCCGGAGGUUGCUCGUAAGGACUUCUUUGAUCCUAACACUGAGGAAAACUUAACUUACAUGGAGCUGAAGAAACGUUGCAUGACUGAUGGAAUGACUGGCCUAGUCCUUUUGCCAAUAGCGGACAAGGAAAAAGAAGAGGCAACUAUGAAAAACACCUUGAGAAAGAGAAGAGUAAUAAUUGUGGAUCCGCAGACUAAUAAGGAGAUGAAUGUCCGCGAAGCAUACGAGAAAGGAUAUAUUGACUACAGCACCUACCUGGAGCUGUCUCAGCAGGAGUGUGAGUGGGAAGAGAUCACCAUCACCGAACCGGAUGGUUCCACGCGUUUUGUCAUAAUUGAUAAGAAGACAGGUACAGAGUAUGACAUCAGUGAACUGCUCGAAAAAAGAGUCAUUGAUCAGUCAGUUUUUGAUCAGUACCGCUCAAGUACGAUCACCUUAACACAGUUUGCAGAUAUCAUCACUGAAAAGAGUCAGCGUGGAUUGCCACCAACAAGUUCCACAUUACCGUCUUCGUCAUCAUCAGUUAUGUCAAAAUCUUCUCUCACAAAGAUAACUACAACAAUACCUCCCACCAUUAAAGAGCACAGCUUUGCAACCAGCAGUGGUUCUCAAGUCUCAUAUGACGCCCCUAACAAAGUAUCUAGUGUUUCCGUCACCCUGGCCUCCCCCGUUGAAAGUGUUGGUGGAAAGGAUCCCGUGGGCGCCAUUUUCGAUACAGAGACUUUGGAGAAAAUAUCAAUUACCGAGGCUUUAAAUCGCGGCCUUGUUGAUACCAUUACUGCUCAGAGAUUGCUGGAGGCACAAGCGUGCACCGGAGGAAUCGUAAAUCCAGAAAACGGCCGCCGGCUCAGCGUCCAAGAGGCGUCCCGUCAAGGUAUAAUUAAUGAUGAUAUGGCUGCUAAACUCAAGCCUGCUCAGAAAGUCUUCAUUGGCUUUGAGGGUGUCAAAACUGGCAAGAAAAUGUCUGCUGCCGAAGCCAUGAAAGAGAUGUGGCUACCUUAUGAGGCAGGCCAGAGGUUUAUGGAGUUCCAAUUUGUGACCGGGGGACUUUAUGACCCUGAACUGGGUUGUAGACGAACCACAGAAGAUGCUUUGAAAAUGGGUUGGAUUGACGGUAGCGCUGCGAUGAAACUCCAAGACAUCAGAAACCACACAAAGAAUUUAACAUGCCCCAAGAGCAAACUGAAGAUCUCUUAUAAGGAGGCUCUGGACAAUUGUCUGGUGGAAGAGAGCACCGGGCUGAGAAUGCUACCAGCGUCGUCCGUGUCCUCCAGAGGAAUUAGCAGUCCCUACAAUUUUGCCUCUGCCCCAGGAUCCAGCACAGGGUCCAGAAGUGGCUCACGCCGAAGUUCCCGAAGGAGCAGCUUGGAUUUAGGCUCCCCCACCUCCUUGUCCACCACCAGUCAUACAGUCCUUACCACCCUCUCCACUACAUCUCAAAUGAACAAAAAAUAGAAUCCAUAUAGUCACCUCACCAGUCAUAUCAUCGUUGCUACUUUAUUGUUAACAAAUCCGAAUAGUUGUUGGGGUUUUUUUUUUUUUUUUUUGAGAGAGAGAAAAUUCCAAGGGGACCAAAGCAAGGUGAAUGUAUCAAACAGGCCCAGGGAAUGCUCGCAUUGGGAAGCCACAACCAGUGUGUACAUUUUAACAUCUGAGAGUCACUGGCAACUCUCCAUUGUCAUUGUGUCUCUGUCACUGAUAUUGACAUCCAUCCAAUAAUAUGACGCAAAGCUGCAACCGCUUUGUGACCUACUUCUUCCAGUGCUGUCUGAAAAGGGGGCGCUUUUAUUUUUAUUUUUUUUGCUUUGGGAAUAUAAUGAUGCUGCGAUUGCAUUUAUCCUGCAUUUAUUGUGUUAAACUGUUUGCUUUGCCUGGGGAGGGAUUCAAGGUUAAUUGCAUGUAGAGUGGUACCUCGAAGUUCGGCCGCAAUCUCAUGUUCGUUUGGGUGGACUGCUCAUUGAGAACAAUGAUUCAGUCGAAACCCUUACGAUCAAACGACAAUGCAUUCAUCCUGCAGACAAUAAGUACCAGGGGUGUUCCGAUCAGAGUUUUUUUUGCUGCCGAUACCGAUCAUCCAUGAGUGAGAUCAGCCAGUACCAAAUCAGCCAGGCUAAAAUUAGAUUGACUGAUGUGCUUUUCGCCAUCUUGAUCGAGGAUACAGUCACAAAAGGUAAUGACUGUACGUACAGCAGACAUCAGGUCAAACCGGCAUUCCACAGAUCAGCUCCGCUGGCAGCUCUUUGACUGGGGGUUUUUCGCCCACAUUUUGGCCAAACACCCGAUUUGACGGGUUUUGCGGGUUUUGAACUUGAAGGUAUCACUGUUUAAAAGUACAAUGCUCACUUUGUGCUGAAGGUGUUCUUGGUUUCUUGCAGUUUACGGCUUUAAGUUCUGUAACAGUCGAUCAAUAAAACAUUUACCUUUUGA